AUGAGCACGGUUGCACAAGAAAUGUCAACUAAAGGAUCAAAAAAUUCGAGAAAGAAUGCUUCAGGUAGUAGAACUGGCCCGGGUUGGGAGCAUAGAUAUGAUGUUGUUGGUAAUUCAAGAAAGGCGAAAUGCAAGUAUUGUGAUAAGAUUGUAAAUGGUGGCAUUUUUCAUUUCAAGCAUCAUUUAGCUUGCACUCGAAGGGAUGUGGAGGUGUGUAUUAGUGUUCCUGAUAAUGUGAAGAAGAAGAUGUUGUCCUUUUUGUUCACAUCUGAUUUUUGGAAGAGUAGUCGAUUUUCAAAGAUACAGGAGGGAAAGUUUGUUCAAAAGACCAUUUUAGAUGGGAGGUUUUGGCGUAAUGUAGUUACAUGUCUGAAGGCAGCAAGUCCUCUCAUUAAAGCACUUCGAUUGGUAGACUCUGAAGAGUCUGCUAUGGGUUUUAUUUAUAAGGCAAUGGACACUGCAAAGGAGAAAAUAAAAGUCAAUUUUGGCGUAUGGAAGAUUAUUGAUGAAAGAUGGGAAAAUCAAUUUCAUCACCCAUUACAUGCUAUAGGUUAUUUUUUGAACCCUGUGUAUCAAUAUAGCCCAGAUUUUGAAGCGGAUUCGAGGGUAAAAAAUGGACUUUAUGAUUGCAUGAAGCGAAUGAUAGAUGAUCAAGAUGUGAGAAGUGUGAUUCAUGAACAAUUGGAAUCCUUCAAGAAAGCAAAAGGGCUAUUUGAUCGUGAUGCAGCAAAGUUAACCGUUCAUACAAAAAAGAGGAAUCACUUGCAUCAGAAGAGAAUGAAUGACUUAGUAUUUGUUUACUAUAACUUGAAGAUGCAAGGGAAGAAGUCCAAGGAAGAUAGUCAAACUCUAACUACUUUUAAAGAGUUCCCAUCUGAUAAUUGGAUAACUGAAGCACCUAGCUCUAUAGGAUUGAAUUUGGUGGAUGAAGAUGAUGAUGCUAACAUAAAUAGUGAUCCUUUAGAGCUAAUUAAUCUUGUUGAUGAUGUAGAUAAUUUAGAGGGCACACAGAUCACCGUGCUCAUGUAG